AUGUGUCCCUGUCUCUCGUCCCGGUCUUCCGAUGUCGGUAAUGUUCUUCCCGAAACGGUCGGCCUAUCUGACUGGUGGCCUUCCGGUAGGGCGCGUCUCAUCUCUUGGGAUUCAGAAAAUUGUUCGUCUCCUCCAUCUAUCUUCAGUUCGUCUCGCUGCUGCUAAAGUUCAGAACGUAAAAAAUUCUCAAAAAUAUGUCUCACUUUCCAUUCCUGAGAGAAAAAUGAUAGAUGUUUUCAUGAACUUGAAAGUUAUUAUCUCUUUUGUGAUCGCUUCUCAGGGAGAAACUUCAACGAAACAAUUAUUUACUAUUGAGUGAACUAUUUGAAUACUUUUGCGUUCUCGAGGAGUCCCCCGUGAUCAUGUUACAUCUUUCGACCGAGAAACCGUAACUUAGCACCUAUAGGCUGUUUCUACACCUGUGUCCAACAACGUGUGCCCUGUCUUUGUAUAAACUCGGUCACACCUGGAAUGGAUCGCCUAUCGUCGUUUUGUUUAUACUUCGAAGCCGUUCAAAACAACUUCAUUUGCUAGAAGCUUUGGAAAAACAGAAACGAUUAGAAAAAGUAGGGACGAUACUGAAAAAAAAGGUUUCGUCUUUUUUUGGUUUCAGUUUUCACAACGCUCCGUAUACAGAUAUUUUUAGUAGGGAAAAGUUGUAAGGCACAUUUCCAAAGAAAAAGAAGUUUUUGUGAGAAACAGUGUACUUGGACGACAUAUAACGAGCGGAAUUCAAAUUUCCAUAUGAUAGAGCGAAUCAUGUUAAAAACCGAUUUUUCAGGAAUUUUCUAAAAUAAAACAAUAGUUCUUUAAAGUUGUGGUUACGGGGAUAUUUUUUUCUUUUUUUAUUUUUAAGGCAAAUGAUAAGUAUCUUCAUGAUUCACUCCAUAGUGAAGUUCUUUUCAAGCACAAACAAUUUAGUUCAACAUAAAAAAUGAGUUCGGACCUCCCCUUAUUUCUAUGCGCCAGACUCGCGCAUGUUGCCACGCGCGGAUUUUCCCUCAUCAUUGCCGCCAGACGGCUAGAGGGAUCCCUAGCCUUCUCGUCGAAGCCGCUUGAAGUCGGACGCGGCAAAAAAAGGACGCGAUAUUUCAAAUGCUUGUUUCGGCGGCCAAAACUGCAACAUCUUGUCGUGUCAAGCUGCGAAACGUGGACUAUACAACUUGUACUCACUUGAACUUUAAUAAUAUCAAAAAUGAUUAUCGAUUCCGUCUGAAUAACUGCAGUUUGUUUAAUUUCGAGCAAUUGUUUGCAAACGAUUAUGCACUAUUUCUAAGAGCAACUGAGAGCCAGAAAUCAUGAAGUUGAAAAACAGAGCAGAUUUGAUUAAUUUUCAGGCGGCAGCUCUUCUUCGAACGAGCCCCAGUCGACAGCUGCUCCAAAGACCGUCGUGAGAGUUGGCAACUUUUCUUGGGCCGAGACAGAGGCCCAGUUCAUAGUUCCGUUGAAGUUUCUCCCUGAGAAGCGAUCACAGAAGAGAUAAUAACUUUCGAGUUCAUGAAAACAUUUAUUAUUUUUCUCUCAGGAAUGGAAAGUGAGACAUAUUUUUGAGAAUUUUAUACGUUCUGAACUUUAGCUGCAGCGAGACGAACUGAAGAUAGAUGGAGGAGACGAACAACGUUCUGAAUCCCAAGAGACAAAAAUAUCAAAGAAUCGGAAGCAAAUCGAGGUUUACUUAUCAAAGAAAAUUUUGAUGAGAAGCUGGAAAAAGCUGCGAUAACCAGACGAAGAAUUAGUUUCAGGCGUAUGUUUGAAGUUCUUUUGCUAACGAUGUACUUUUUGGUUCUCUCCAUGCCGGUUAUAUGAAUUUUAGAGUUUUAGCCUCUUAUUCAAGUGUAGUUUCAGGAGUGGAGACAAUAAUAAUUAUCAUUUUUGUUUUCCCAGACUAGAGAGCUUCAAAGUACAUUUUUUUACGAACCGAUAGCGCAGUGGCGGCUCCGUGCACCCGCUAUCAAGCAUUUGUUGAGAGCAAGACGAUGCGGCGGCAACCGUGCUGCCCCGUGUAGUCUCUAUGGCGAACGAGUUUCUUGGCUGAAAUUAAAAAGACGUUCUUAAUAGUUUCAGAUGAAAUAAUAACGCGGGUCAUUACCGUGAUCGGAAAAAGAAAUUCGUGUAGAACACGACUGAGCUUUUUUUCUGGCAUAUAAAGAUGAAUUCAUUGAACAGGAAGUUAAAAAAAAGUGUCAAAUACUUCAUUUUCAAUUUUUACCUGAUUUCCAAAACAAGCUUUGAAAAUUUCGGAUGAGCAACUUUUUCAAGUCGGAAAAUUUUCAUUUUUAAGUUUUGGAAAAAAUGGAGCUUUUUUGCAGUAAUCACAUGAUAGCCGACUUAUUAAAAAGUGCAAUCGCGUCCCAUAAUAUUGUCUCAGUCGACGGCGUUGAAAAUAAAAAGUUUUUUUUGGAGGCAUGGUUAAAUUUCUACAUUCACUGUCAUUUGACUUCUAAUAUAAAAAGAGCGACUCGAACUGGAAUCUGUUUCUUAAACGGCAUCCAUUCCACAGGGCUGAAGUUUCUUCGCGUGAACUUUGCACCAACAAUGUCGUGUGAUUGAGAAAAUAGUUCCAUUCAUGUCAUCCAUUAUUAUGAGUUCAGCGUUUUUUUCCUGAGUUCUGAAGGCGUCAAUUAUCGCUUAUUUUGUUUAGUAAACGUCCAUAAAUAUUUGACGAUUAGACGAUUCCCAAGUUGUUAUGAAAAUAAGUGAUAAAAAAUCAACUUGACCUUCUCAAAUAGGUAUUCCCACUAAAUUGUAUUCUCAGUUGACUGACAAAGACAUUUCCUUCACUAUUGGAAACUCCUUGAACCUUAUCCAGAAUACGCUUCUAUUUACCUCUUUUUCACCCCACAUUCUAAACUCGAAUUAUAUUCAAAAGAACGGCAGGCAGUCUUUGUGGGCGUGGCUCUGUUGCUCACGCCUGCGUCCCUCUCUUUUUCUUCCCGCGUUCAUCCGCACAGUUUUUUUGUCUGGUCGUUCCUUCUGGUCGUCUUCGCGAAUCUCCGUUUUUGGACCAUUUUCAAAAUAUUUUGUGCAAUGUAUCUUUUUCCGCUUUUGAGGCGUCCGACCUGACAAUAUAUAUUAAACUGAAAUUCUUGGUAGUAUCAGUCUUUUGAAUUUUACUUUUUUAAUAACUAAAACUUCAAAGUCCCGUUUUUCCCCCAAUAAAUGUAAUUACAAUUUUUUUUGUCCUGAGGCAAUAGUCAACCAUCUAGUUAAUAGUUUUUUUUUUCAAAGUGCGAAACUAAAUUUUGUGAUUUUUUUUUUGAUGCGCUAAAAUUUUGCCACUUUUUUCCUGUCGGCGGAUGACUCGCUGAAUGGAAGCUUUUCAUGGAGCAGUCAUUCAAUUACAAAACUUAGAAGUAAUCGUAGUACAAAUAUGGGUUCAAAAAAAGCAACUUGAAAUUUUCGUACCAACUAAUUUUUCCUUUGAUUGAUUCUCUCGGAGAAUGCUUGUUAAAUCAAAUUUUCACUUGUUUGGAACUACAUCAGCUUGUUUUUUUUCAAAAAGUUACAAGCUUACAAAAAACCCUUAUUACAAGUUUAUUUUGAUGAGUUACAGACUUUUGGAAAGAACAAAAUUGAAAAUGAUCGAUUCUUUCAAGACAGACGAGUUUUCUACCAAUUUUAACAUAUUGGAUGCGACAGGUUAGUCCGCUUCUAUUUAUAAACAGUCACACAUUGAACUUUCAGGAGUAAUCCCGAUAAAAAUAAAAUAUAAAAAAGGUUAUCCCAAUUUUCUUGCACCUUCAUAUGGAGAGCUUUCCAGAUUUCCGACCUGACCUCGAAUAUGGAAUUCCCAGCUCAGUCUUCGGAAAUAAUGGCGAGUCUUUUUCAUUAGCUUCAAAAAAUGUCAAGUUUCAGGCCCGACGCAGCCAAUCACGAUCACAGGAUUGAGCGGUUCGCUUUUGUCUCAUGCUAGUUGAAAACCAUUAUUUUUGCAGGAUCCAAACUUUUGAAAAUAAAACCAUUUCAUGGUGAGUUCAUCGAACUUUAAAUUGAAGCUAAGUCAUUCUAGGAGUUACCCCGGAAAUUUUCAUUGGAGGAAAAAUCAUCAAUCAAGAACUAUAUCGAUCGGGAAAUAGCUCGGCUUUCGGUGAGCUUUUUGUAUCCAUUUUUUGAUUCCCCUAACAACAAUAGUUCAAAACUUCAUUAAAAGACCAAUAGUUUCAAUAUCACUCUUUUAACAAGUGAAAGUCAAAUGAACUGUUGCUUGCACCUUUUUCAAAGCGUGUAUUUCAAGAUAUGAACAAUUUUUUUAUUAAUAUAAAAAAACCAGAAAGGUCGAAAAAAAGACAAGUUGAAUUAAUCUUCUCUUUGAUUUGAAACAAGAUUAAUACGAAGCACGUUCUUUGUAAAUUAAUGGGGAGAAAAAAAUUACUUUAAAAGUCCAAAAAAACUUUUUCACAGUUUUAUGAAAUUCGCAAACUCUUAAUCAUUUGAACAGAACUUUUUUUAAAGAACUGUUAAUGGGAUUUUUCUGCAAAAAAACAGUUACGAAGAGCUUUUUUUAGACUGGAAUCAAUUUUUCAAAACCAUUUAUAAACGUCGAAUAAAAAAAAUCAAAAAGUAGAAUUUUUCAGGCGCGCUCAAAAAGAGUUUUUUUGCUGUUCCACAAAGAUCUGGAUUUGGAGAGCCGCUUUCAAAAAAAGACAACUCCGAGUGAGUGUUUCGUUGUUCAUGAGAUUUUUGAUAUGACUGAAAAAUUUUUUUCCUCGUUUUUUUAAUUUAGUGAAAGUUGACCAAUCUAACGUUGAAAAAAACCCUUUUUUUGUUCAUAAGUCAGGUAAUCUCAAUACAUUGAAAAAAAUGAAUAAAAUAAUGAAGUAUAUAGAAUCAAAUGAACAAAUCAUUCACUGCAAUCCCAGUUUUUUUUUGGAAGCUGAGAGUGCAAAAAUGAUUUGUUCACCUGAAAUAAUCACAAAACCAGAGUAUAUUGAUCUUAUUGAGCAGUAAGCAAAAAAAGCUCAGAACGUUUGGUUUUGCCCGUAAAAAAUUAGAAUUUCAGUUAUGAAUUUUUAAUGUUACAGUAGGAAAAGUUGUGAGUUUCCUCAUUUUAUUGAAUAAUUUCAGUCUUUCCAGGCGCCGCGAACUUCAGUUUUAAACCGUGUAAGGGGACUUCCGGAAACCCUGAAGAAGGUAAGAUUGAGAAAGAAUUCUUCAAAAAAAAUCAGCGAAAUUUCAAUUCUUUCAAUUCUGCGGCCCUUUAAAGUAGGCUAAAAUUUUAAAAGAAGUUAUUUUUUUGGUCUGUUCAACUGUCAUAGUUGAUUUAAAAAACGCUUACAGCGAGGCUUUUGGAGACUCGAAGCAUUUUUUUGUGGUUGAAAAUUCAAAGAAAUACUUUGGCCGCUUGGAGAAUUGGCUGUUUUUCAGCUGUAUAUGUUCAAAUUUCGCCAGGGUUUAUCUUUUUCCUUACUUUUCCGUUUGCUUUUUUAAUGGAUUUAUUUGAGGCGCAAAUCCUCCCGUCGGCUUGAAUAACUCUGAAAACCAACAAACCGGUAAGUAUUUUGUAAGAAGUUUUAGCCAAACAUCUACAUUCUCCGGAAAAAAACUAUAACGUAUGCCAGUUGGAAAAAAAGAAAAAAAUUUUUUUCAAAAGGAAAGAUCGAUGAAAAAUUCUAUUUUUUUCCCCUUGUUUUUUUACUGAUUCUAAUGAUUACAUUUGAGGCGCGAUCCCGCCUGCAGCCUCCAACGUCUUCGGCGAGUUCUUUUUUUCAUCACUUUCAGCAAAUCAAAAGAUUGAUUUUUACUGUGUUUAUUUUAAUCAUACAUUUCGAAAUGAUGGCCAGAAAAAAAUCUUGAUAAUUCUCAACGAAAAAAAUUCGAUCUUUUUUUCUCAGAUUUUUAUUUUAUGUUUGUCUGUAGAAUGGAUCAUUUCUUAUUCUUUUGAGAUUUUUUUCGUACUUUUUGGAACACUUCAGCCACAAGAAAAUUUUUUUGAAAUCAAUCUUUUUGGUUCUCUGUUGAUAAACUUCAACUCAAUAAUUUUUUUCAGCUUUCGGAAAGCCGGGCUCUUUUUGGAAGUACGCCGGAUGCUCCACCAAAAUCGAAAGAUUUCGAUGAAGGUAAAAGCUCGUUUACGAUUUUUUUGACUUGGAAGCUUUCAUUGCGAACGCUCAUUAAUUUCUGGAAGACUUAAAAGUCUAUCAGAAACCAAUAAGUAGAUUUCGAACUAUGUAUUUUAAUUUUUGAGAACUUUUAGCUUCGUCAGUGUUUUGAUUGAACUAUUUUUGACGAAGGUUCUGUUUUAUUGUUUUUUUCUUCCCAUAUUCAUGCUUCAAAAUGAAGGUAUUCAUUCAAUCAUUCCUUUCAGUUGACGGAGCACAACGCGUAUUUGGAACUUUUGUAAAAUCAACAACGACGGAUGUCGGUAGGAAUAACGCAACUAAAAUAACGCUUGCUCUACAGUUUUCAGUUUCAUAAUGAGAAGACUCAUGUUUUAAGCUUAUUUAAAAAAUAAUCAAUUUUUCAGCCUCUUGGAAUCAGAAAUCUUUUUUGAAACUUCACUCUUCACACAGUUCUUUAUUCUGAAAAGAAAAAAAGAAGAUUUGAAAAAAAGAACUAAUAAAAUAUAAAAGCGGACCUUUGACAAAUCGAAAGCGAUCUGAGAAAAGUAAGUUUUUGAACAGGCUAAAACUUUUCGGAACAGAGGAUUUAGGGAAUCGGUUUAAGAAGGAGAGAAAGAAAGAAAUAAUAAUUGGAAACAUGCUUAAGAGAGGAAUAAAAUAACUUGAUGAUUUUUUGUUAACGUUUAGGUGGGAUCCCGGAAAAGGCCGCCAAUAUGAACACCGAAAAAGAAAAAAACUCCGUUUUUGACGCUUCUCAUUUGUCCCCCAUAGGUAAGAUGCUAGUAAUUUUCAUUUUGAUUAAUUGGAAGUUAUGUAUCGUUUGAGUCUCUUUUAUCAAGGUUUUUUUGCGGUAUGAGAAGACGAAAAUUUUCCAGAAGAAAGAAAACCUGAUUUUGUAAUGUUUUUUUGUUGAAUCUGAAUUACAAAUAUGAUGGAUAUGAAUAUCUCAGAGAAAAUUGUGUGAAUGUAGUUUCAAAAUCGUUUGAAUAAGUUUUUUACGGAAACAUUCUUUGCUCAAUUUCGUUUUUAUUCAGAUUCGGCUUCCAAAAACGCUCCGAAAAUUGUCAAUGCGAAGGAGGUGUUUGCCAAGAACUCUACCGGUAUGAGUUGCCAAAACUUCUGAUCUCCUAGUGCAUUUAACCUAUAAACUCAUUUCAGAAACGGUUCCGAUGAAGCCAGUUUUGUCAGCUUCUGGAGGAAUUGCAUGUGGGGAUAAUACAAAUGGCCUCGAAAAAUCGAAAGGUAAUGACAACAAAGCUUGUAAAGACUAAUUUUUUUUUCUGCUGUCAAGUAUGUAAAAUGAAUACAAAAAAAGCACGAGUUUUUUUAUUUUUUUAUGGGAAAUAAAAUUUCAAAUAAUCAAUUGAGAUUUUUAAAUUAAUUUUUGUGAAUCCAAAAGUAGACGGAAAACAUUUGAUUUUUUUAGUUUUUUUGUAUUACACUUGCAUCAUAAAUGUGAUGGAAUUAGGAAAACCACCAGGAAAAAUUGGAAAGAUGCAGUUUCUAUGAUAAUUUUGUAAAUGAUAAUUUUUGGACACAUGUUUUGCUCCAAUUUGUUUUUAUUUAGAUUCCGCCACUGAAAAUGCUCCGAAAAAUGCGAAUGAAAAGACGGAAAAAAAUCCCAACGGUACGAGUUGCAAAAACUUCUGAUCUCUUAGUGCUUUUAACCCCGUAAACUCAUUUAAGAAACGGUUCGAGAAACACCAGACAAUUUCUCAGCAAUCAGAUGGGUCAAAAAUGGAAAUACUACCGAAAUCGAAGGCGUCGAAAAAGCAAAAGGUAAGAGUCGCAAAGCUGGUCAUACCUGAAAUUCUCCUAAUAUCUCUUGAUGAUUCUUGAAAGAUAUUAGGUUAACCGUUUUGAAGUGAACUUUUGGUUUUUUGAUUUAUAUUCAAUUCUUGAGGUUAUGUUUGAAAAGUACACGUGUGGCCUAAUCACCGCUAUUUGGUAUCUAUUCUAUCAUGUUUCAAUGCACAAUUGGAAAAAAAAAGAUAAAUAACUGAAGAAGAUGUGAAAAGAGUGAUAAGCGAGCUCUCCAAUAGUCGCUGGUGGUCGAAUUAAGCUCGUACCAUGAGCCGCAAACUUCUCGAAUCAAAUCGGGAAAAAUCGACUAUACCUUUCUUACUUAGACGCAGUCGAGUUUCAUUUUGACAAGGUGUUUUUCAAAGUAGCAAUUUUUGAAGGCGAAAAGCUUUAAGUCGUUCUAUAUCUCUAUGUAUUCUCCCGAAACCCUCAAGCAAAUGAAGAAGCUGGCUAAACCGUACGCGAGGAAACUCACUCGAAGAAAUUCAUCGUUUAGGCAAUAAUGAGUUCAAAAGGCGAGAUUCCGCAACAUAAGAUCGAUUAUGCGUACAAUGUGAAGGUAUCACAUCGACGCUAUUUUGAAAUAGGAGAAGUUUUUUUGAUUGUGUCCUCCGUUGCAACUGAUUCCAGGCCUCUUAAAAGAGUUUUGCAAUUUUCACAUCGCUCAGGUGGGAAUACUGUUAAGCGUGUCAUAUUUAUGGUCUUAUAGCGAUCAAGAAAAAAGGCGUCUGUUCGACUGCCAUGAGUUUUUUCCACUAAUAUUUUCAGUCAUACAUUAGACCAAGACUGCAUAAAACAUGUUUCAAAACAGAGCUCUCUGAUCACUUUUAUCCUCAAGAUAUGAGGCAAAGUAGGCCUGAAAUACCUGCAAAUUAUUCCCUGAUAGACUCAAGACUAUCAUUUUUGCCAAAGAAAAACAAGACAAAAAGUUUUUUGCACAUAUCAUCCUUAACACUGUUUCUUCAAAGCAGUUCAUCGAGGUUUGUUUCUAACUAUUUUCAUCAUGAGUUGUAGUGAUUUAAAUGUCGUCCAAUAAUUAGACCCACGCUUGUAUUUUCAUUCUCGACAGGGGAUUUGAUACAUUAUCUAUUACAGUCACUUUUCUAUAGUCAGAUGAAAUAUAACAAUUCUGCUCAUUAUCGAUUUGCCAUCGCCACGAACUGAAAAAAAAGACUCUGCAAAUCACGAGUUUUGAGUCGCAACAUAGUCCAUUUCAGGGAAAAUCAAAUUUAUUCAGGAAUCGUUUCUGCAAGCCUUGAAGAUGGAGAGAUCGGAGAUGAAGGAGAAGCACCUGAAAAUGUGAACCAGAUUAUGGAAGGUGAGGUUUAUGACUUGAAAGUCGUGCUGCUGAAAAAGAAAACUGCUGACCAGUUGAUUAGUUCGAUUAAUUUCAGAGGCGGAGCCGCAGAACAGUCCUUCGGCUUUGGCAGAACAAACUUUCGAGCAGGGGAAAAACAUGCCGACAGGUAUUUCUAUUUAAGUUAUGCGAAAAAAACUCUUAUCAUUUAAAAUCAUCAGUUUAAAAACUUCCCAAAGACUCAAGAAAAAAACAAAAGGAUUUUUAUUUUUUUAAUCAGAUCAAUCGUUCGUUUCAAAUUUUGAAGUUUUUUGAAGAUCUUUAAUGUUAAUUUCUUUCUCAACCGUUUCUAAUACUGAAAUCGAUUUUUCAGAUAAAACCUCUUUCCAGCAGCGAAAGAAACGGACCAUCAAAAAGGUUCAGGAUCUGCGACCGCCUCAACCUCCCUUCUGA